UUUAGAGGUGUUCUCUCUCUCAAACACCAACAGUUCAACAUUCAGUCUUCAUUCCCUCACCUGUUCAUGUCUGAGACCUUUUACACCUGGUGAACAAUCUGCACCUGUCAUGAAGAUGAAGAAGAUGAUGAAGAUGAUGAUGAUGAUGGUGAUCUCUCUCUGACUGCAGGAAGCUGAAAACACUUUUCUCUGGGAGUGUGUUACCUGUCCUGGUUUGGAGUUACAUUUCUCUUGGUCUUAAAUCUGCGUUGGUUCAAACAGACGAGGAAUCUGUGCUGGUCUUCUGUUACAGAGAGAAUGAGACUUGGAUCAGCUGCAGUGUUUCUGAUUCUCCUGAUGAACGUCUCCACAGGUCAAACUCUGACAUGUCCUCAAAAACAGUAUCAGAUAAAUGAUAGAUGCUGUCCUAUGUGUCCAGCUGGAGGUUGGGUUUAUGCAGACUGCACAGAGUCCAGAAGUACUGACUGUAAGCCCUGCUCUGAUGGAACCUUUAUGGACCAUCUGACUUCCCGUCCAGUCUGCUACAACUGUAAAAGCUGUGAUGAAGGUUCUGGUCUGAAGAUGAAGACGUGGUGUACGAUAGUAUCAGACACAGUUUGUGAACCUCUGGAAGGAUUUUACUGCUCAGACUCUAGAAAGGACGACUGUGUGGAAGCAAGGAAACACAGACGCUGUAAACCAGGAGAAUACAUCACAGAACACGGAACUUCCUCCACAGACACCGUGUGCUCGACCUGCUCUGAUGGAACAUUUUCAAACGGGACGUUUCCAUCUUGUCAGAAUCACACACAAUGUGAAUCAAAGGGUCGAGAGCUGCUGAAAGCAGGAACUAAGACAGAGGACGCUCAGUGUGGAGGACUACUGUUACACAGGACUGUACUGAUUAUCUUUGUUGUUGUUGUGAUGUCUUUAUUAUCUCUACUUUUAGUUUGUUAUCUCGGAUGGUGGAUAAUAAGACAUCUAAUCUCAGAAGUCAUAGCAGCAGUACUCUACUACCAGGUAUGUUUUAAACUCUCUUUACUCUAAAUCUGUUUUAUGUUCAAUGAUUUAAUAAAGUCUCUCUUAUUAAUGUUUCAUGUACAGGAAGGUGUGAAGUCAACCCUGGAGAAUCUGAUAUCAUAUGACUCCAAAGAGUCGAAGGGUGACACGGUUCAGAUUUAACUCCUGCAGAGUAAAUCAUCUCUAGGAUCCUGUUCUGGUCCAGCUGCUGGAUCCUGACACACUUUGUUGAUAUCUGUUUAUAUGUAUAUAUGUGUUUAUAUGUAUAUAUGUGUUUAUAUUUAUAUCUGUUUAUAUGUAUAUAUGUGUUUAUAUGUAUAUAUGUGUUUAUAUGUAUAUAUGUGUUUAUAUUUAUAUCUGUUUAUAUGUAUAUAUGUGUUUAUAUGUAUAUAUGUGUUUAUAUGUAUAUAUGUGUUUAUAUUUAUAUCUGUUUAUAUGUAUAUAUGUGUUUAUAUGUAUAUAUGUGUUUAUAUGUAUAUCUGUUUUUAUAUCUGGUCCAGUUUUGUUUUUCUGAGACGAUGAUUAGACACAAACACUUUCAUCAGCGUUCCAUUGGCUCUCUCACCAUCAAGUUUCUCUUGCAUUUCUUGUUACUAUUGUAAAAAGGAAUUAAUAAAAAGAUUUGAAUAAAUCAAA